AUGACUGGCGCCACUCUGCGAGACGGCCAGGCAGACCUGCCGUCAGGGAGGAGCACGGCAUCAUACUGGCAUCGCGAACCCUCAGAGAAGCUCCUGGGCCACCGGACGACGGCUGAGCUCCCCGCCACAGCUGAUGUCGUCAUUAUCGGCAGCGGCAUCACAGGAGCAUUCGCCGCGCAUUUUCUUAAAGAGGCCAGCGCGGCAUCAGACGUGUUGAUGCUCGAGGCGAGGGAAGCAUGCUGGGGCGCCACAGGCAGAAACGGCGGGCACUGCCAGCCAAGCGUCUACGGCCUCAGCCCGGCCGUGGCGCGCUUCGAGCUCAACACAUACGCCUUCCUGCGCGACUUCGUGGCCGAGCACGACGUCCCCUGCGACUGGGUCUCCUUUCCCGGUGUCCACGCCUUCUACACGCCCGACCUCUUCGCCGCCGCCGCUCUGCGCAUCGCCGACCUCGGCAGGGCGCACCCGGACCUGGUCGCCAAGGCGCGCGCGGACGCCGCGAGCCUGUGGCCGUACAAGCUCGUGUGCUGGGUCCUCGAGAAGCUGCUGGCCCAGGGCGCGGGGUUCAACCUCCAGACGGGCACGGCGGCGACGCACCUACAGAGGCUCGAGGGGCCCGACGACAACGACGGCGGCAGCAGCAAGACCGCGCACCGGUGGAUCGUACAUACGCCCAGGGGGCAGGUCGCCACAAGGAAGGUGCUGCUGGCGUGCAACGGGCAUACAUCGCGGCUGGUGCCGGCGUUCUCGGACCUGUUGGUGCCGGUGCGCGGGCAGGUCGCGGCCCUUGUGCCGGGGCCGGGGCAGAGGGCGCUCGAGCACAGCUAUGUGUUCAUGGGGGUGCCACCGAAGGGGCCGAGCCAGGACGACUAUCUCGUGCAGAGGCCCAGCGGGCGAGAGGAGCUGAUCCUCGGCGGUGGGCGGUCUAGGGGUACGGCGCGCGGCGUGGGUGCCAGCGCGGAUGACUGGCUCGAUCCCGUCGUCGCCAGCUACCUACGGCAGACGCUCGGGGCAACGACGGGCAUCGCGGAGGGGGAGCUUGCAGCGACCUACGAGUGGACGGGUAUCAUGGGGUACUCGAGAGAUUUCCUGCCGUGGGUUGGGGAGGUGCCGAAGGGGCUGGGCGGUGACACGGGGCUCUGGGUGGCGGCAGGUUAUACGGGGCAUGGGAUGCCGCGGGCGGCGCUGUGUGCAAAGGCUGUGGUGGGCAUGAUGAGUGGACAGGAGCUGGAGGUAGCCGAAGCGGUCGGGCUGCCUCACGAAUUCCUGGUAAGCGAAGAGAGAGCGGCGCGGGCGAGGGAGAUGGACAAUGUGACAGUAGCGGAUCUGAAGGACAUGUUUGUCUGA